AUGAACGGCGAGAUGAUUAAGAACGCCAUCAGGAGUGGGAAGAUCAAUGCUGGAGAGAGUAACAGAAGAUCAGCCUCGAGGAGGAAGGAAAACGAGGUGAACAACGCGAGCACGUACAACAAGGGUUACUCGAAGUCGGUAACAGUGAGUCAGCCAGGAAAGAUGGCUGCCAAUCAGCCAAGCUUGUCGAGACAGGAGGUCGGUACAAGGCGAAAUACGGAGAGGCCCCAAUUCACGCCAAUUCCUAUGUCGUACAGGGAAUUAUACCGAAACUUAUUCGACGCACAUGUAGUUUCCCCUUUCUAUCUGAAGCCCUUACAGCCCCCGUACCCCAAAUGGUACGACGCAAAUGCACAGUGCGACUAUCAUACGGGAAUCACGGGGUAUUCCAUAGAAAACUGUACCGCCUUCAAGAAGUUGGUUGAAAGGCUCAUUGGUAUGGGUGUCGUUAAAUUUGAUGAAGCCACCAAAGCAGAAAAUCCAUUACCAAACCAUACCGACAGCGGGGUAAAUAUGGUGGGCGAAGACAGAAGAAUCAAGGCAGAUAUUGCGGAUGUAAAGACUCCUUUGAGAGGGCUCUGGAUGGAGAUGGUGAAAAGGGGACUAAUUGUCUCAGAAGGAAGCCGUGAAAGGAAGAGGAAUUACUGUGAGUUCUACCAUGAUGAGGGGCAUGAAAUCCAAGAAUGUACGGAGUUCAGAGCCCUGAUACAAGGCAUGAUGGACAAUAGGGAGGUGAAAUUCUGUGAAGGAAUUCAAGAGGAAAGUGAUGUAUGCACGUCAGAGUUAGCGUUGGGGGUCCCGAAGGCUAACCGUCAUGUGGUCAUCAUUUCGCAACCUCAGAACAGUGAGGAAGACGUGAUUAAUAAAGAGGACCAUGAUGAAGGAGGGCAUGACAAACAGGUGAAGGCUCGAGUAGAGCCAAUAAGAGAAGAAAUUUUGAUUGGGAAGAAGAAGAAGACGGUUGAACCUGAAUUGUUGGUCAAUGAACCAAUCAAGGAGGAGGAAGCUAGAGAGUUUUUGAAGUUCAUCAAGCAUAGCGAGUACAGCAUUGUGGAUCAGCUGCACAAACAACCUGCUCGCAUAUCUGUACUAGCUUUACUCCUGAACUCGGAGGGACAUCGGAAUGCACUACUGAAGGUGCUAAAUGAAACUUAUGUGGCCGACAAUAUCUCUGUUAACAAGUUGGAUCGACUGGUCGGCAAUAUAAGCGCUGAUAAUUUCAUUUCCUUUAGCGAUGAAAUACCACCUGGAGGUAUGGGAUCUACUAGAGCUUUACACAUCACUGCAAGGUGUAAAGGAUGCAUAUUACCAGGAGUUCUGGUAGACAAUGGAUCUGCAUUAAAUGUAUUGCCCCUAUCCACGCUCAACAGGCUACCUGUGGAUAGCUCUCAUAUGAAAUCGUGUCAGAAUGUGGUGAGAGCAUUUGAUGGCACCGAGAGGAAAGUCAUGGGAAGAAUUGACAUACCCUUGUUAAUUGGCCCAACUGUCUAUGAGGUAGACUUCUUGGUUAUGGACAUCAAGCCUUCUUACAGUUGCCUAUUAGGAAGGCCGUGGAUUCAUUCAGCAGGUGCAGUACCGUCAUCAUUACAUCAAAAACUAAAGCUGGUGUCAGAGGGCUGGGUAGUGACGAUAGAUGCUGAGGAGGAUAUCAUUGCAUCUGUGACUAACGAUGCGCCUUAUUUGAAGAUGAGGGAUGAUGCAAUCGAGUGCUCUUUCCGUUCUUUGAAAUUUGUAAAUGCAACAUUCAUCCUGGAGGGAAGCAAGAUCCCGAUGCCGAGAAUAUCAAAGACCACAAGGAUGGGUCUACAACUGACAGUAGGAAGGGGAGCUUUGCCGAAAAAAGGAUUGGGAAAGUAUCUUCAGGGCCAAGUUGAGGCUCCAGUAGUGAAAGACAAGCAGGACCGUUUUGGCUUAGGAUACAAGCCAGAUGCUAGGCAGAGGAAAAUAGAGCAAGAAAAGAAGCGUGAGAGAAGAAGGGCUCGUUUGACAGGGGAUGAAGUCGAAUUGGAACCCAUGACCUUUCCUCACCUAUCCAAGACUUUUGUAUCGGGAGGUUUCCUCUAUCAAGGGGUCAGAAGUAUUAACACGGAGCUAGGGAGUAUUCAUGCCGUGUAUAAAGAAGCGACACGAGGAAGAGCCUUGCCAGAUAUUCGUCCUUACGAGUCGGAAAGGGAGCUAAACAACUGGACUGCAGAAGAAAUACCUGUAGUUUUUAGGGUUUCCUCAGAGUAA